AUGUCUGUUGCUCCGACUAGGGAAGGCUUUGCUCCUUAUUCCACUCCUUCAGCGGGGAAACCCUGCCAAACAUACUACAAGGUUUUCGGCGAUCUGAAAAGUGGUGUUACGCCCGUCGUCUGUAUUAACGGCGGACCCGGUGUCAAGCACAAUUACUGUCUCCCACAUUCUGACCUCUUCUCCAUCUAUGGCAUUCCCAUCGUCUUCUAUGAUCCAGUAGGCUGCGGCAAGUCGACCCGCCUAACGAUAAAGCAUGACGUUGGGUUUUGGACCGUCCAGCUGUUUUUGGACGAGUUCUUUAACUUAAUUCACCACCUGGAGAUCACGGAGUACAACAUAGUGGGUGAGUCGUGGGGCGGAUUGUUGGGCAUGGAAAUUGCCAUUAGGCGGCCGGAGGGGUUGAGGCGCCUGGUCUCGUCGUCUGCACCUGUGUCCUUCGAUCUUUAUAUGCAAGCCACGAGGAUGUUAUUGAAGACGAUGCCCGAGGAUAUCCAGGAAGCGGUCGAAAGGAACGAGGCCGCAGGGACGUUCGAUUCUCCGGAGUACGAGCGGGCAAACUUGGAGUUCGCCAAGCGUUUCAUUUGUAGAAUGGAACCAUGGCCAGAAGAAUCCUUGGCAGUUUUGCAGUCGCUUGAAGAAGAAUCUUCUGCAUAUAUUACCAUGCAAGGUCCCUCAGAGUUUACCAUCACCGGCUCCCUCAAGACAUGGAAUAUCAUUGCGGACUUACACAAGAUCAACGUGCCUACGCUGCUCACCAAUGGGAGAUAUGACACCGUGCGCGACAUGACGAUAGCGCCUGCAUUCAGAGAGAUUCCGAACGUGAAGUGGCGUACGUUUGCGCACAGUGGGCACCUGGCUUUUGUCGAAGAGCGAGAAAAGUAUAUGAAGACGGUCGCAGAAUUUUUAACCCAGUGA